GAGAUGAUAAUGCCAGUGACGUCACACAUUUCUUGGCAACAACAAAUAUGGAGGAAUACGCUCGUGAACCUUGCCCCUGGAGGAUAGUGGAUGACUGCGGGGGUGCCUUCACCAUGGGUGCAAUUGGAGGAGGGGUGUUCCAGGCUAUCAAGGGCUUUCGAAAUGCCCCGGCUGGUGUUGCACACAGGCUGAAGGGUAGUGGAAAAGCAGUAAGGAUAAGAGCUCCACAGAUCGGAGGCAGCUUUGCGGUAUGGGGAGGCAUGUUCUCCACAAUUGACUGUGGUUUAGUUCGCCUCAGAGGAAAAGAGGAUCCGUGGAACUCUAUAAGUAGUGGUGCUAUGACAGGGGCCAUACUGGCUGCACGCAGUGGACCUUUAACCAUGAUGGGUUCUGCCAUGAUGGGAGGGGUUUUGCUUGCCCUCAUUGAAGGUUUCGGAAUCCUGCUAACAAGAUACACAGCGCAACAGUUUCAGAAUCCCGUUCCCUUUGCAGAAGAUCCCAGUCAGUUGCCGCCAAAGCAUGAUGGUCAUCAGUCAGCAGCCAAGGGUCAGUUUCAGUAGACCCAACAAAGGAUAGAUGUUGACACGAGGACUCGAAUCUAGCAAGGAAGCACUUGAACUUGGCAGCAGGUACCAAACAUGGUGAGAUGGAGAAGGGGUCUUCUACUUUGGUGUGGAAUUGUUGCACUGUGUAUUUAUUUACCUCAGGGGGAAAAUGACUGUGAAUGUUAGUCACUAAUAAGUGAAUAUUUUUGUGUGACUACGGUUUGUUUGUUUUUAGAAUAUGCAGUGUCGGCAUGAUCAAGAUGAGAUCAUUCCGAAAAGUCAGGCCAUCAGCUAGUUUCAUAUUAUGAAAUAUAUUCUUAUCUACUUUUUUUCAGAUGAAGAUUUACCAUUUAAAGAAAUAAUAUUCAUUUGUAAAGUUUUGCAUUGUUUGCUACAACAGACCAGAGGAAAUGUUGCAAAUUUGACCUGAUUGCCGAUGUAUAUUGCUGUAGCCGAUGCAAUAGCUAUCAAACACAAAGCACUUUAAGAAAAAUCUUGGUCUUCAAAAGGCGCAAAAAGAUAAUUUAACAAGAUGAUCACGUGAUUGACAUGUUUAUUAUAUUGAUUGGAUAUAUUUGUAUGAGUGGUUAAAAAAAAUAAAGACAUCAAAUGUU